AUGUUUAAAGCAGCAGUAGUGCUUUCUCAGCAAUAUAAUAUGACAGUACAAGGACAAUUCAUUGGAUGGCAAUCAACAGAAACUGGUGGUGACGCAAUAGGUGCUCUCGGCAAUACGUGCUUAAUAAUGUCGACUUCAAACAUCGUCGGCAUUGUGGGUCCAGAAUUAUCAAGGGAAGCUGAGACUAUUGCUUCUUUUGCUAAAACAGUUGGUAUUCCUGCAAUAUCAUAUGCUGCAACCGCUCCUGAUCUAUCUAGUAGAAGUACAUACCCCGCAUUUUAUCGCACAGUUCCUUCGGAUACUAUGGCCGCAUCAUCAAUUGUAAAACUGUUCAACCGGUUUAAUUGGACAUCAUGCAUAAUUAUCUAUCAAAAGGAUGAAUAUGGAACGGGUGCCAUGAACGCAAUAAACGAGGCAUUUAAUGACAAUGGAUUGUUAGUCAGGGAUAUAUUUGCGUUUGAUAUUGUGACACUCACUUAUUCGAGUGACAUAAUAAGUGGUUUAACCAGUGAUGCUGCACGAAUUGUAAUACUAUGGACAGAGACAACAUAUACAUCUUUAAUUUUACAAUACGCACUUGAUAAUGAUCUGCUUGGUCCACAAUUCGUAUGGAUAUUAAGCUCAAGUGUUUCGAUGGAUUCGUUUAACCAAACAUCGUAUCAAAACUUAAUUGGAAUGCUUACUGUAGAACCGGUAGUAGGAAGUGUUGUCAAUGCUCUAGUAAAUACAACGUUGUUAAAUGCAGCAUUUAAUAUCUGGCAGCAGUAUGAGCUAGAGUCGUUUCCUGGACCGACGAAAGUGAAUGACUAUGGUCUGUUUGCAUUUGAUGCGGCUUGGGCUUUGAUCCAAUCAUUGCAACAACUUUGCUCAACAACUACUAAUAGUUCUUCCUCAUGUAUACCAGUUGUCAACAGUUCAUUCUGUUUUGAUCGUCGUUUUCUCAACGCUGACUCUUUUUUUAACAUACUCACUAAUACUGAAUUCCUUGGUGUAUCUGGUCCUAUACAGUUUAGUGUCAAUGUAACAGAUCGAAUAAGUGGUACUUAUUAUAUUGUGCAAAACGUUCAGCCUUCUGCAAAUGGCGUGGAUUUCAUACCAGUAUUGAAAUGGUCUGGUUCCGGCGAAUGGGACCCGUAUACACUAAGCAAUGUAAUUGUGUGGCCUGGUAAUUCAUUAACAACUCCUAGUGGUAAAGCAGUACUUUCAGGUGUAACCUUACGAAUUGGUGUAAUUGUGGCAGCUCCAUUCAUAAUGGCUACAAAUGUGACAGAUGAAUAUGGAAAUACCACGAUACAGGUGACUGGCUAUUGCAAAGAUCUUAUUGAUCUUUUACAAAAUGCAAUGGGAUUUACGCCUGAAAUAAUAGUAGCGCCAUUAAAUCAGACCUAUUCAGGGUUAAUCAUA